ACUCGAGACGCGCCCCGAGAGCGCGCGCGCUCGCCGCCGACUCGCGGUGACGGCGUCAGCAUCCCGACAGCGCCACAGAGUGCGGACACGCAGGAGCAGCCUCCAGAAGUGGGCCGCCGGUCUCGCGACAGCUUUCUUUUUCCCCGCUCAGCUGAGCGCCGCGCUAGCCGGCCAGCGGCGCGCGAAAUGUGCGAUGCGGCACCGACAGAUGGCGCCGAAUCGAAGCGCCUCGAGCUGAAACCAGUUUGUAUGGCGCCUCGGCGCGGCGGCGGUACCGUUUUCAAAGCGACGGAUGCCAUCGCACGUGCAGGAGGGUCCGUGGCGGUGGACUCGGCGGCCCGCUCCACCAUGAGCAAGACGUUCCACCGGCGAUCGACGGCCGCCUGCGGCCUGGUCGUGCUCAUGCUGCUGCUGUGCUCCGUGGGCCUCCUCAUCGCCUUCCUCAAGGGACACCAGCAGCAGACGCGCGACGCCCACAUGCGCCAGGGGGCGACGCCAAGGCGCGGGGUAAACAACGCGGGCGGCGGCAACUUUCCGAGUCGUCGAACGACUCAGCCGCCGUCCACCACGACGACCGCAGGGCCGCCGCUGCAGACAACCACUCUGGAGCCGCCCAAGCCGAAGCUGGACUUCAGGCUGCCCAAGCACACAGUGCCGCUCGCGUAUGACCUGACGCUCGAGCCGCACCUGAGCAGGGACACGUUCGACGGCGAGGUGUGGAUCACGGUGAAUGCGACGCAACCUGUGGACCGUUUCGUCGUUCACGUCUUCCGACUGACUGUCGACGAGACCGAGGUGCUCUUUGAGGACGGCAGCCCACUGAGUACGGAGCCGCCAUUCGAAGACGACCUCAACGAGUUCUUCGUGGUGCCCGUUGCCGAGAAGGCGGGUCCCGUCGGUAUCUACCGCCUGCAUUUCAAGUUCAGGGGCUCACUGGUCGGCGGCAUCGUGGGUUUCUACAAGAGCAGCUACAAGAUCGAUAAUGAGACGAGGUUUCUCGCGACAUCCAAGUUCCAGCCCACGUACGCGCGGCGGGCUUUCCCGUGCUUCGACGAGCCCAACUUCAAGUCGAGGUUCAACGUCACCAUUAUACACGACAGCAACCACAUGGCAUUGUCCAACAUGCCCGUCCUCAAUGGCUACCCUAUUACUCGCGAAGGCGGAAAAGUGGUGACUAAGUUCGAGGAAUCCGUGCCCAUGGUGACUUACUUGGUCUGCUUCAUCGUAUGUGAUUUUGAGAGGGUGCAGACUACAGCCUCCGUGGACCAGAUACCGUUCUCCGUGUACGCUGCUCCUAACCAGCUCAACAAAACUUACUACGCUCUAGACAUCGGUUCGAGGAUACUCAGUUUCUACGAGAAAUACUUCGGCCUGAAGUACCCUCUGCCGAAGCAAGACAUGAUCGCCAUUCCGGACUUUGUGUCUGGGGCGAUGGAGCAUUGGGGCCUCAUCACCUUCCGAGAAGUGAACCUCCUGUACGACCCCAAAAAAUCCAGUCCUCGGAACAAACAGCGAGUGGCAGCUGUCAUAGCUCACGAGCUCGCACAUCAGUGGUUCGGAAACCUCGUGACCAUGAGGUGGUGGGACGACCUGUGGCUGAACGAGGGAUUCGCAAGUUACAUAGAGUACAAAGGCAUCGACCACGUUGAACCGCAAUGGGACAUGAUGAACCAGUUUUUGACGGAGGACCUGCAACCUGUAAUGGACUUGGACUCGACCACCACUUCGCACCCAGUGGUUCAGAGCGUCAGUCACCCGGAUGAGAUCACAGAGAUCUUCGACACGAUUUCCUACAACAAGGGUGCAUCCGUGCUUCGAAUGCUCGAGAACUUCCUUGGACCUUCGGUAUUUCAGAGGGGCGUAUCGUCAUUUUUGUGGAACCACCAGUUCGGAAACGCCAAAACGGAAGAUCUGUGGGCAGAACUUUCCGAAGCCGCCGGCAAUACGCUGCCAUCGGGCUACAACGUGUCAACGAUCAUGAACACGUGGACGCGCCAGAUGGGAUACCCGGUGGUGACCAUCAGCCGCAGCGCCGACGACCCGACGCUCAUACGAGUCGUCCAGGAGCGCUUUCUACGCAACAACCAGCACCAGCGAAACGAAUCCGACAUCUCUCCCUACGGGUACAAGUGGAGCAUACCUCUCAGCUACAAGACUUCGGCAGCGAAAAAUAAAGUCAAGCAGAUCUGGCUUCACGACGAACAAGAUGAAUUCCACAUUUACGACGCUGGACAGCACGGCUGGGUUAAAUUCAACGUCAAUCAGAGCGGCUACUACCUUGUCAAUUACGACCCAACUGAUUGGCAGCGACUCGGAGAGGUUCUUCAAAAGCACCACGAAGAGCUGACACCUGCAGACAGGUCAAACUUGCUGUAUGACGCCUUCCAACUAGCUUGGUCCAACCGCCUGUCCUAUGAUGUUCUUUUCAACAUGACUCAGUACUUAAUCCAUGAGAUGCACCUCAUACCAUGGUCCACAGCUCAUGGAUCUCUACUUGCGCUGACACAUCUCCUUGAAAACACCGAGGUCCGACGACCCAUGCAGACAUAUAUACGCAAAUUGGUAGACCCUAUCUACAAGACGCUUGGAUGGGAGGACGGCGAUAAGCACAUGAACAAUAUGCUGAGAAGAGUCAUAUUGGACCUGGCAUGCCGAAAUCUGCAUCAAGAGUGUCUCAAAGAAGCAAAACGACGUCUCUCAGCUUGGGUCGAUGGUGUUCAGGAAGUGCCAAGGAAUAUUAGAGGUAUUGUUUACCGCUAUGGAAUUUACCAGAGCAGUGGAGACCAUGAAUGGCAGUUCAUGUGGGAAAAAUACCUCAAGGAAGUCUCAGCACAAGAAAGGAUUAACCUGCUUUAUGGCCUUGCCCAUGUAAGGAGUCCACCACUUAUCCACAGAUAUCUGGCUUAUGCAAUGAAUGAAAGCUAUGUGCGUAGGCAAGAUUUUUUUAGUGUGCUUUCCUUCCUUGCUGGAAACCCAGUUGGCCGUGAUAUUGUUUGGAAAUUUGUGCGAUACAAGUGGGACAGGCUUGUUCACAGGUUCUCACUGAAUGACCGCAACUUUGGAAAUGUUGUGAAGACUAUAUGUGAUUAUUUCACAAAGCAGUUUGAUUACAAUGAGAUGCAGGCUUUUUUCCACAAGAACCCAAAUGCUGGGGCAGGCAAGAGAGCCCGAGAGCAAGCCCUGGAGAAUGUCCGCAACAACAUAGCAUGGAUCAAACAUCACGAGCCUAGUGUGGCACGAUGGCUCACCACCAACGUCAUUCCAGAACCCUGGGAAAACAUGCGUUUACCUCGCCAUGUGAUCCCUGCAAGUUAUGACAUCACACUCGAACCCAUUCCUACAGAAAAUGUAACAGUGGGCUCCAGCACAACUAGGAUCACAGUGGUGAAGGCUACCAGUGUUCUUCUGGUGCAUGCAAAAAAUGUCAACAUUACCAGAACAAUUGUUAUGCGCCACAAGCGUGAAACUUUUGAAGAAGUCCCCCUGCGUAACGAGCCUUUUUUGUACAUAGAGAAUGACUACUGGGUCAUACAGACCAGGAACAUUCUCCCUCCAGGAGGUUAUGUGCUCAAAUUUGAGUUCAGUGCUUCCAUGCUCAACUACCUAAGUGGCAUCUACAAGACAAGCUACUGGGAUGAAGCAUCAAAAAGCAACAAGUUUAUGAUCACUUCACAAUUUCAGCCCACAUUUGCUCGCAUGGCAUUUCCUUGCUUUGAUGAACCAGGAUUCAAAGCAAAUUUUACUAUAACUGUCAUCCACGAUGCUACAAUGAAGGCUAUAUCUAAUAUGCCUGUUGACAAGAUUCGCAUCCUGGAUGACACCAGAGUCGCAACACGAUUCCAAGAAUCUCACAAGAUGACAACUUAUCUUGUGGCUAUUGCUGUCUGUGACUUUGGCUACAUAUCAGGAAACACAUCAAGUGGCACACCGGUGCGAGUUUUUGCCCGCCAGGAGAUGCUCCCUCAUGCAAAUUAUGCACUUGCCGCCACAAUUCAAGUUUUGGAACUCUUUGAAAAUCAGUUUGCUAUAAGAUUUCCCCUUCCAAAGCUAGACAGCAUUGCCAUUCCGGACCCCCAAGCAGCUGCUAUGGAAAACUGGGGCCUGGUCAUGUACAGCGAAUGCAUGAUGCUCUACAACCAAAAUACGACAUCUGUCUCUGAUCACUACAGCACAGUAGAAGUUAUAUCUCAUGAACUGGCACAUAUGUGGUUUGGAAACCUUGUCACAAUGAAAUGGUGGGAUGAUUUAUGGUUGAAUGAAGGAUUUGCGACUUAUAGCUCACACAAAGGAAUCGAACUCGUUGAGCCUACAUGGGAUGCAGAGACACAGUUUCUGUUGAAGCUAAUAUCAGGGGUCCUUGAAAAAGAUGCAGUCUUAAGUUCCCACCCGAUUGUUAUGCCAGUCACCCAGCCAAGCGACAUCACGGAAAUAUUUGAUGUUAUAUCCUACAGCAAGGGGUCAGCUGUUAUCAGAAUGCUGGAAUCCUUUAUGGGGACAGGAGACUUCAUACGAGGACUUCAGAAUUACCUAAAAGGUCGAAAGCGCAGCAGUGCUGUAACACUGGAUUUAUGGAAAGCAUUGGAAAGUGUUUCAUCAAAACAUCAACACAUAACUACCAUCAUGAACACUUGGACGAGACAGAUGGGCUACCCAUGUGUGUCAGUCAGACGACUGCAUAGCAACUUUAGCCAGUAUGAAGUUGUCCAGCAGAGGUUUCUGUUGAACCCCGAUGAUGCAGCAAAUCUCACCAAUGAUUCACCAUUCAGGUAUACAUGGGAAAUCCCUUUGAGCUAUAAGACUUCUGAAGGAAAUGAAGGACUUUACUGGCUGAAGACUAAGAAACCAGAAAUCAUUAGCUUACCCAUCAAUAAAGACAGCUCGUGGGUAAAGUUUAAUAGUGAAUUCAAAGGAUACUAUCUCGUGAAAUAUGACGACAGUGAACUAAAGACAUUCUCUCAGCUUCUACUGGAGAAUCAAACACAGUUGUCUGCUUCCGACCGGGCGGAGCUCCUUCUGGAAACAUUUCUGCUGGCACGAGCUGGCACGGUGCCUUAUUCUGCUGCGAUGGAUCUCACCAAGUACCUCAGGCGUGAGCGACAUUUCAUACCUCUUAUGGUGGCAUCCAGGAUCUUCCAGCACAUUGCUAUGUGUCUUAGAGGGCAUCCAGAGAAGGUCCUUUUUCUGGAGUAUGUUAAAUACAUAACGGAAGAAGCUUUUGAAGAGCUCAUGUGGAAGGACAGGGGCGAUCACUUGACAAAACGAGCACGGGAAGUGGUUCUGCACUUAUCCUGCUUCAGUGGGGACAGGGUUUGCCUCAGAAAUGCUGGAGAGCUGUUGGAGGCCUGGUUUGCAGGUGCUACGAUCCCACCAAACCUUCGGGAGCUUGUGUAUAUCUGGGGAAUGACUGCAAGUGGAAAUGAAACAGUAUGGGAAGCCAUGUACUUAAGAUACCAAAAUGAAGUGCUGCCAGCAGAAAGGAAAAGUCUCAUAAAAGGACUAGCAAGCAUUGAUAAUAAAACUGUCAUAGAAAGGCUUCUGACAUUGUCCCUAGAUGACUCUGUCAUCAAGAGAGCAGACUUUACUGUCCUCGUGGAGCACCUUGCGACCAGAGACUUUGGCCUCUCCUUAGCUUGGGAUUUUAUAAGGAACAAUUGGGAGCUCCUUGCAUCAAGGUACUCCUCUGAUGAAAGACAGCUGGGAGCAGUAGUGUUUUCUGUGUGUAAACAUUUCACAACACAGGAACAGCUUCAGAAGGUGGAGCAAUUUUUCGAAGAAUAUCCUGAAGGGGGGAAAGGAAAGAGAACUAGCCUCCAGGUGCUUGAGACAGUUAGAGCAAAUAUUCGCUGGCGAAACUUCUUUGCAGCAGCAGUGCUCACCUGGGUGAAAGAAUACCAAUAUGUGCCAUGGGAAAACCUACGGCUCCCAGCCCAUGUCAUGCCUGUCCACUAUGACCUUCAGAUCCAGCCCUUCCUGGACUUGCACACAUUUCAGGGCCAAGUGGACAUCCAAGUGGAGCUCCUCAAACCCAUCAAGAGUGUUCACGUACAUGCCAGGAAUCUCAGCAUUACAUCUGCUUUCAUGACAGAUGAGUCAACAAAGAUGAUGGUUCCUCUGUCUGGCACGUUUGUUCAUGAACCCAAUGAGCUUUAUGUGAUGCAGUUGGGAAAUAUUGCUGAUGUUGGGACUUACAGCUUACAUUACGAGUUCAAAGGCGUUCUGUCCAGAGACCUGCGGGGAUUCUACCUGAGCAGCUACCCUGUUGGAGCCAAUGAAACAAGGUACCUUGCAACCACACAAUUUGAACCCACAGAUGCUAGGAAGGCAUUUCCUUGCUUUGAUGAACCAAGAUUUAAAGCAACAUUUAGCAUCAAGAUAAUCCACGAUCCUGAAUACAUUGCUCUCUCCAAUAUGCCUGUCAUGGGCAAAGAGAUAACAACAACAGGCCUGCAAGUCACACAGUUUCAAAAGACUGUAAAAAUGACAACUUAUUUAGUUGCAUUGAUUGUUUGUGAUUUUCAUAAUAUUUCUGGAAACAGCUCGAAUGGCAUAGAGGUGAAAGUUUAUGCCAGAGAAGAAGAAAUUGAUAAAGCUCAUUACGCACUUCAAGCUGCACUGAAAAUUUUAACCUACUUCGAGGAGUAUUUUGGAAUAAGGUAUCCAUUGCCCAAACUAGAUUUAAUUGCCAUUCCCGACUUUUCAUCUGGAGCAAUGGAAAACUGGGGAUUAAUCACAUUUCGAGAGGCUCGGCUUCUCUAUGACCCAGCAACAUCAUCGACCUCUGACCUAAUGACAAUAUGUCGUAUCAUUGCACAUGAAAUCGCCCACAUGUGGUUUGGAAAUCUGGUUACAAUGGAAUGGUGGGAUGACCUUUGGCUCAAUGAAGGCUUUGCCAGCUACAUCCAAUACAAAGGCAUGGCUUAUGCUAGUCCUGAGUGGGAACCUGAUGCUUUGUUUACAAAUGUUUUAGCUGGUGUUCUUGAAGCAGAUUCUGUGAUAUCUUCCCACCCAAUUAUACAACAUGUUAAUAACCCAAGCGAAAUAUCAUCACUCUUUGAUGUGAUAUCGUAUGCGAAGGGCUCAUCAGUCCUUCGCAUGUUAGAAGACUUCAUGUCAAAAGAUGACUUUCGGUAUGGCAUUGCUAAAUAUCUGAAAAAGCACAAGUUUGCAAAUACUAUCACAUUUGACCUCUGGGAUGAACUUGAGGCAUCAUCAUCUAGUGGCUUGAGCAUAACUAGUAUCAUGGAAAGCUGGACCAAGCAAAUGGGAUUUCCUCUUGUUUCUGUGGAAAGAAAUGGACACAGUUUCAGUGUGAGACAGUCACAAUUUUUGAUAGAUCCGGACACUGCCAUGAACCGCAAGCCAACACCAUUUAAGUACAUUUGGAAAAUUCCCCUCACAUACCAGACCAGUGAAGGCAGAACAGGGCUGCUUUGGUUGACAAAACCGCAACAAACAUUCAAACUCGCAGUUUCUGAAAACGCAUGGGUUAAAUUCAACAACAACAUGACUGGAGUCUUCUUUGUGAAGUAUGACAAAAAGAACUUUCUUUUACUUGAAGACGUACUUAAACGGGACAUUAAUGCUUUUACUCCAAGUGAUAGGGGAGAGCUACUGGCAGAAGCCUUUUUCCUGGCUAGAGCAGGCCAUCUGAGCUACAUGUCUGCCCUGAAUCUGAGCAGAUACAUUGUCCAGGAGAACCAUUAUGUCCCAUGGUCAAUAUUUUCCACGGCAACUUCCUUCCUGCAUCACCGCCUCACUGGCACCGAGACUGGAAAGCAUUACAAGGCAUUUAUCAGAAGUUUACUCACUGAAGCUCUCAAAGGUGUUAAGUUUAGUGACACAGGAACUCAUUUAGAAAGGCUAAGGAGGGCAGCUAUAUUCAAAGUCGCUUGCAGAUGCGGUGAGAAAAGUUGUCUCCAUGUUGCCAGUCAUGCUUUCAAAACUUGGCUGAAUGGAGAAUCGCUUGAACCAAAUUUCAAGAACAUUGUAUUUCACUAUGGCAUGAGGCAAAUCGGUGAUGAAAGCACAUGGCAGCAAGUGUUUGAAAAAUAUCUUCGGGAGCCUAACCAUGCAGAAAAAAUUAAAAUAAUGACCGGUCUUGGACAAGUUCAGGAUGAAGUUAUACUCUCCAGAUACCUCAACUUUACUUUUGAUGAAACAAAGAUAAGAGGUCAAGAUAUUGCUACAGUUUUUGGGACAGUUGUAAGUAACCCCAAGGGGCAUGAUCUUGCUUGGAACUUUUUAAGAGAUAACUGGAACUCCAUAAUCUACAAGUUUGGCAAGCAUUCUCGCAUACCAGGAAAAUUGCUUCGUGUUGUCUGCAGUGAUUUCAACACUCCUGAGAAGAUGCAGGAGAUCAAAGAGUUUCUCAAGGAGCAUCCUGAAACAGAUAUGACAAAGCAGUCUCGGAGAGAAUGCCUCCAAGAUGUGGAAAACAACAUCAAAUGGAUAUCAAAGUUUGAGCCAAAAGUUGCAGAGUCUUUACGUGGAUUGCUCAGUUGACCGCUGUAGCUCUGCAAGCAGUUGAUGACUUUACACUAAGCCAGUGUCUAUGGCUACAAGAAAAUUUGAAACAAAUAUCUCAUUUGAACUUUACUCUGUUAAGGGAUACAGAAUGAAUGGCAUGCAUAGACACACUGGGAUUGACAAAAUUUUUUGAUGUACAGUUCUUUAGAUAUAACUGAUGAUGAAGUGGGGAAACAUGCGAUAGCUUAGGUGUGAGUCAAAGAACAACUGUUUUCUUACCAAAGUGAUUUUACAGGAGUCAUGUAAAUAGUUAUUUGUACAUACAGUAUUUUAUUGUGAAAAAUUAUCUUGUUUCCUUUUCUAGAGUAUACAUGCAUAUAUUAAUAUAGUACAACAUUUGCAUUUCAAGUUGCCACUAUUGUCUGUACUGUAAGCAAAGUAAGCUGCCAUGAUUGUGUGACUGCCAGAUAUACACGAUUAAAUUGUAAACAACUUUCACAACUUGCGUUUCAUAUUUCAUGAACAUUACAUUCCUUUUCACGUUAAUGGACACUUACUAUAAACUAUGGGCAUAAGUCAUACUUAUAGCAUACUUUUAAAUCAUACUUAUAAAUCAUUGCCCUAUACCAGGACUUCUCACAACAUAAAUAUUUCAAUGAAAUCACAGGCGUGGUUUCCCAUUUGUUAAAUUCAAGCCAUUUGUGAAAGGCAGUUCUGUGUAUCUGAAGAUGUGCUUUUUAGAGAAAAUGAAAAUGUAAACCCUAGCAUUCAAAGUUAUUUGAAUGUAGUAUGAAAUAUGUGUGCCUGGCAAAACAUUCAUGUUAUCUGUUCAAACCUAGGUGCUCUUAGUAGCACUGUGAUGAUAGUGCAGUGUGACAAAAGAACAUGUAAAGGGGCACAUUAAUGCUAAGGCUAUUUAUAAUGCAGUAUUUUUAUAGGAUAGUUCUAUCAUUUUCACAUAUCAUAAUUAAGUAAUACAAAAAAUGUGCGCUCAGGUAUGGGCACUUUUAGUGCAAUGUUUUGAAUUUUGGGGGUAGACUCUCUUUUCUUCAUUGAAUAUCAUUUGUUAACUUUCUGUGCAAGGGUUAGUCAAUAUAUGAGCCACGAAAUGGAGGUAGAAAAAAAAUUAUUGUCAGUAAAUUACUGCAUGUGUAGGCAUGCUUCACCAUAAUUUUAUCCCAAUUCGGAAACAUGUCCCAUCAUUAUAUGUGUAGGUUUUUUUAAAGCCUGAAGUAAAUGACACUCAUAGGUUGCUUUUACAGUCACAUUCGCCACAAUCAAUAGUAGUUAAUACUUUUUCGAACCUUGUACUUUAUUUGAGUCAGUCAUUCAAUGUGCUGGAGUUGGGUUAUGCAUUGAACCCGAACUAUACAGGCCCCGUGUCUGUCAUCACAUGUCCUUCUUCACAUAUCAGUUGCUUCCAUAUGCUAUGCUAUGGUCUUAUAUUGACAUGCAUGGGAUGACAGUGAUGUUCUUCGUCUGUGAUGUUUCUUUCAUUUUUGAUUGUGCACCCUUCACCAUACACUGAGAGCAUUUCUCAGCAUUUUCUGUCCCGCCAGUCUCUAGGCUUGAAGGAAGUGCCAAUUUGAGCGCUCCUGUCCUACACUAAUGCAACAUAUCUGCUAUCUAAACUGGCUGCAGCUGAGGUACUGUGGUGGCAGACUUUGAUUUUUUCAUGGGUGCCAUUAUUUAGCAGCAAAAGGUGUAUAGUUUAAACUUCAAGUAGCUUUGUGUCUGAAAAUUUGUGACUUGUAUAUUGACUCACCCUCAUAAAUACAUGCUAAUGCAUUGCAUUAGCCCUGUGUCUAGUCUAAAUAGAAACCAUAUAUACCAUUGGUACACUUUAUAUGGUACUAUAACAGUUGCUCUUCAAAACUGAAUGUUCUGUAACAUUUGAAGGUUGGUUGGAUAAUAAUUCCAAGCCUGCAGAAUGAUUGCCAUUGUUCAUGACACUGUGGUCAAAGAGUACAGUUUUCAAGUGACUGUUGUGGACUGCCCUAACUCCUCUUAUCUGCCAAGUACUUCCAGCACCCUUGAAUGUGCCUGCAUAUGUUAUACAGCUCAGACUGUCCUUUAAUCCAUUUGAGACAAGCUGACUUCACUACUUCAGUACGGGCCAUGUGGCACCUACUUCUGCUAUCAUGCAGUUCUGCUCAUGGCAAGAUUAAAGCUUUUGGCUCCCUCUAUAAUGUUUACAGUAUGAGAUAAAGACUGCAUUCUAUAACAGAAAUUUGAAGUAAACAAACACUUAUA